AUGCCUGUUGCUUUCUGCGUACUGAUCUUCCUCACAGAUUGGGUGUCCUCUCAGAAAGUGUGCAGUUACCAGGACGUUCUGGACUACCUGAACCUGACCACCGAUAGCAGUGUGUUUAAACUGACCCGGCCCGUACUGGACCACACACACCCCACCAUGGUAGAGCUGGACAUCAUCCUCUACGCCAUCCUGGCUGUGAUCGAGAAAACACAGACGUUCAUUCCUUUUGUCUGGGCAACAAUGAUGUGGAACAAUGAAUACAUCUCGUGGGACCCCGCUCAGUUUUGUGGCAUAACUCAGAUUUCAGUUCCCAGGGACAUGCUCUGGAAGCCGGACCUCUUCAUCUAUGAGAUGAUACAGAAAGAUGAGUCGCCUCAGAAUCCCUACAUGUACAUUUCCUACGAUGGAGUGGUCACUUCCGAAGAGGACAUGAAGGUGGUCAGCACCUGUAAAAUGGACGUCCACAAGUUCCCCUUUGACACGCAGAGAUGCAACAUCUCCAUUGGUUCUGCAAUACACUGCGUUGAUGAAAUUCGGCUCCUUCCUUUCUCCAACUCAUCUCGGGCCACACAGUUUUCCAGAGAGGUGAUGAAGACUCAGGGAGAGUGGGAGUUCCUCCAACUGUCCGUCGCCAGCUACAAUUUCACCUACGACAACAAACAGUGGGAACAUCUUAUAUACACUUUUACCAUGAAGAGGAGGCCACUCCUCCACGUCAUCAACUUCCUGUUGCCCAUCCUGUUCUUCUUGACUCUGGAUCUCGCCUCCUACUUCAUCUCAGAGCACCGGGGAGAGAAGUUGGGCUUCAAGGUGACGGUGUUGCUGGCCAUCUCUGUCCUGCUGCUCAUCCUGAACGACAUCCUGCCCUCCAUGUCCAACAAGACUCCAGUCAUAGCGACCUACUGCAUUGUGAUUUUUGCUUUGAUGCUGCUCAGUCUGCUGGAGACGAUCUUGGUUACGUAUCUGAUGGAAAUAGACUUUGGCUCCCACGAUAAGCUCGAGCUAAAGGACAACUGGGAGGAAAAACAGGAAAAAGUCAAAAUUGACGACUGUAACACAGAGGAGAAAAGACGGACCUGCUGUUCAUGCAUCUGCAAAGUGUCCGACGGUGAGCGGCAGCAUGAAGUGCUUCCUCUGGGUGACGAGGUCAACAACACGAUUCAGUCACGAGAGUCCCCUGUGUUGCUGUUGAUUCUGGAGGAGCUGAAGGAGCUGCAGAAAACUCUGGAUCUGCACCUCGGCUCCAGAAAGGAGGGAGGGAGGUCCAUCCAGUGGGCCACAAGAAUCAACAGAGGUUUCUUCAUUUUCUAUGUCACCACUGUGUUACUGUUUCUAUUCCUCAUCUUCAAUGAAUGGAACAGUUAGACAUGUAAAAUAACACCUUGUGGCACCUCAGUUUCUGUACUGUAAGCCCUCUGUGUGAAAAUAUGAUUUAUUAAUGUAUUUGAUGGAGCCGAUCACUUCCCAAUUUGUCAAUCUGUCAUGUUGUUCUUUUUAAAAACAGCCUGUAUUUGUCUUGUUGUGAAUCUACUUUCUGUGGUUUAGCUGAGAUAAUUCGCACUCCAAACUUCAAUGAAGAAAACUUCACUGUAGAGUCCUGCCUAAUGCAUUGCCUUUGAAUCUGAUUGUUAAAAAAUGUGUAAUAAAAUAUUCCGUGUCGGUUCAGAGCCACAGGAUAAAGUAAAAACUAAAUGUUGAAGAAAAGAAUGGAAAGAAAAAAGAAAAACAGUG